UGGUCGGUCGUUUUAUCAAAACCUCCUCCUCACCCACACCAAUUCUCCUACUUUGCUUCCCAUUAACUCCGAACAAAAGGAAGGAAAAAGUCCAAAGAAAAAAGGGAAAAAGAAUGGCCUCGAUGCUUCUUCGUCAAACCCUGACCAAAACCAAACCAACUAGCGUUAUUCGCCUCUUCUCCACCGCAGCCGCCGUCUCUUCCCCACCAGCGUGUGAGGAUCCUACGGGAAUAACCAUGAAAGGUGUGAAAAUCGCGGGCCGUCCGCUUUACCUAGACAUGCAAGCGACUUCCCCAGUGGACCCUAGAGUUUUAGAUUGGAUGCUUCCGUUUUACCUCUCCCGUUACGGAAACCCUCACUCCCGUACUCACCUGUACGGUUGGGAAUCGGAAUCCGCCGUCGAAACCGCCCGCGCACAAGUCGCCGCACUUAUCGGAGCUUCCCCGAAAGAAAUCGUCUUCACUUCCGGCGCAACCGAAUCGAACAACAUCUCAAUCAAAGGCGUCAUGCAUUUUUACAAAGACAAGAAGCGCCACGUCAUCACGACACAAACGGAGCACAAAUGCGUUUUGGAUUCUUGCCGGCAUCUUCAACAGGAAGGUUUUGAGGUAACUUAUUUGCCUGUUGGGCCUGAUGGGCUUAUUGAUUUGGAUAGAUUAAGAAAGGAAAUCCGACCCGAUACUGGGUUAGUUUCUGUUAUGGCGGUUAAUAAUGAAAUUGGGGUGGUUCAACCGGUCGAGGAAGUUGGUAAAAUUUGUAAAGAAUUCAAUGUCCCUUUUCAUACUGAUGCGGCUCAAGCUUUGGGUAAGAUUAAGAUUGAUGUAGAGAAAUGGAAUGUUAGUUUAAUGAGUUUAAGCGGGCAUAAAAUUUACGGACCUAAAGGAGUUGGGGCUUUGUAUUUGAGAAGGCGGCCUCGGAUUAGAGUUGAGCCACAAAUGAAUGGAGGUGGGCAAGAAAGAGGGAUAAGGAGUGGGACUGUGCCUACCCCGCUUGUUGUUGGGAUGGGAACGGCGUGUGAGUUGGCCAUGAAGGAAAUGGAGUAUGAUGAGAGGAGGAUUACAGGUUUGCAAGAGAGGUUGUUGAAUGGGAUUAGGGACAAGAUCGAUGGGGUGGUGGUGAAUGGGAGUAUGGAUAGGAGGUAUGUCGGGAAUUUGAACUUGUCGUUUGCUUACGUGGAAGGGGAGAGUUUGUUAAUGGGGUUGAAAGAAGUAGCAGUGUCUAGUGGCAGUGCUUGUACUAGUGCCAGUUUGGAGCCUUCAUAUGUGUUGAGAGCAUUGGGUGUGGAUGAGGAUAUGGCACAUACUUCUAUUAGGUUUGGCAUUGGGAGGUUUACUACUGAGGAGGAGAUUGAUAGGGCAGUUGAGCUUACUGUGAAACAGGUUGAGAAAUUGAGGGAAAUGAGUCCGCUUUAUGAGAUGGUGAAGGAAGGGAUUGAUAUUAAGCAGAUUCAAUGGUCGCAGCAUUGAUCAAGUUUUGUAUUUGGCUGAGCCGUUUUUGGAUAUGAAUUACAUGUUGAAUGAAUAUUGCCUUUCAGCUAGAGCUGACUAAGCAGAGCCAAAAUUGUGUCACUUUAUCCUGGUUUUCUUUUGUUAUCCUUGUAAAUGCCUUGAGAGCUUCCGUAGUUGAUUUAUUAUGGAUAGCAGAUGGUAUAGUCGACACUGGGCUGGUGUUAGACUAAAACAUACUCAAUUCUCCUCAAACUUAGGCUUCUCCUAUUUAGAUAAUAGGAACAAUAAGAGAUGUUUCUGCUGCAGGAGCAAAGUUGUUUGUUAUGUUUUGUAACCUCUCAUCUCACUAUAUGUCGCAUACAAAAUACUAGCUACUACUUUAUUUUUGUUUUUUGUGAUGAAUGAAAUAUUUUGAUGAUUUUGGUAGUCAUCACUUGUAAUGAUACGCCAGUUUUGCUAGCAAUGAAACGAUUGCAAAGUCUCAGAUGAAAUCAAGCAUUGUAGAGUGGCUCAUCAGUCACCAUCAUUUGAGACCAAAUUUGUGAGAGAACAUUAUUGUCCAUUGGAUUCCACUCAUUAAACCUUUUGUACCCGUCCCUAGCCUUUUGAAUACAUUGAAAAAGUUCUGUUUGUUUUA